AUGAAUCCUAUUCAAAAGGCCUGGCUUAAGAUUUUGGAACCUGUCUCUUAUGUUAUCAAUGAAAAGAUGGCCAAGAGAACCGGUAUUAUUGGUAAGCUUGGUAGAUUCUUUGCUAUUGGACCUAGAGAAUAUGGUGUCCAUCCUAUUAACAGAAUGUUCAUUUUCAUGAACAGAAAAUAUAUGGCUUUCUAAGCUGUUGCUCUUCAUAGAUAUUCUUUCGUCAAGAGUUUAACUCAUAAUGGCUUCCAUAUGCUCAGAGUUUUCAGACAUUUCGCUUUUGUUUUACCUGCAACUGUUUUGGCUGGUUUAGGUUUGUUCGUCUACUGGGGUGAUGACAAUAAAUGUUACUCUCCUGAUAGAUUCCCCUACUUGAAAAAGAGAGCUGGUGACAUGGCUUUACCUCUUAACUCUUUAAAUCAAAGAACUUCAGCUCACUAUAUUGAAAUUAAUGCUAUUUAUGGUGCUGAAAUGAUGAAGAGAUAUCACAAGGUCUGGGAAAACAUUAUUGAAGAAAGAAGUAAGGCAACUGAUCAAGAAAAAAAAACUAGAUAUGCUCAUCCUAGCUAUUAAUACAGCCCCUUACCAGUUGUUAGCAUUCCUAACGUUCUCAACCCCUUGAACCUUUAAUGA